UUUUGAUUCUGUCAUUUUAUAUACAUUUUUGAAAUGCAUAGAAACUUUCUUAGCUUUAAGUAUAAAAAGUAAUGAAUGAAAUUGAAUUAAUCAAAGCCAUAAAACUUAUUUAUAUAAUGCAAGAUGUAUUUUAAUAACCUUUGUUAUGAUUUAUCGAAGUAAUUUUGGUUAAUUGUCCCUUCCUGCUUGAAAUUCAUAAGCUUAAAUGUUUUGUUGUGGUCAGUUUUAUCAUUAGAACUCAGCAUUCACCAUCUAAGAUACCAAAUCAUCCCUUCGAUUAUGGAUCAUCAAUGUUCACAUUUUAGUGAAGAGACAGCACAUUUCAUUAUGACUUGUUUUAUUUUCGUUUAUUUGAUCCAAUCGAUUGAAUUUAUCACAAUAAGUUAUGUAAAAUUCAUCCGUUUGAAGUUCAACUUACAGUGUCAUUCUAAUUUUUGUUUUAUUGUAGCUGCAUAACGCUAAUUUAUAAACAAUUAUAAUCUGCCUGCAAAUAGUGUAACCCGUUCAUUCGUCAGUAAUAAAGUGUUAUUCUCUGGAUUAGAUUUUAUCAGUUACUCAUAAUUUGUGAAAGCACGUAGAUGUAAUAAAAAAACAUUUAAAAAAGCGAAUACAGUGAAAUGACUAUUAUCAACAAAAACAAUUUUCACAAUUUUAUGUGAUGACCAGUUUGAAGAACAAACAAACACAAAGUUAUUCACUUCUCUUAUUUUAUGCAAAUAGGUGAAUGCUGUGAAUUCAUUUGAAUUAUCUUUAUAGAUUUUAUAUUGUAUUUAGUCCAGUACAUACACACUGUUACUAGUAGUGAUAGAUACACUUAUGUAUUUCUAUCACAUGAACUGUAGUAUGUUCAUACUUUGGGUUUUCUUAUACAAACUUUAGUAAGUUUAUAACAAUAAUAAUAAUAAUAGUGAAAACUAACGAUUAGUGUACAAUUUAUUACUUAGUAAUAACAAUAAUGCUUAGUUUUUGUUUUUUCUUUAAAAUUUAUAUUACAAUGGCGUAUACAACUAAUUAUAACUCUGAUAGACACUAAAGACCAGAACCUAAAUUGUUCACAGAAGUUAUUGUUAUAUGUAUUCUCUGGUUAUUAAAAAAACCAUCACAGUAAUCAUAAGUGAUCAGAGAAUUGUUCGUUUUAAUUAUAUAAAUAAAUUCAGCAAGGAAGUUAAUUCAAUGGAUUAAGGUGAAUAAUAAUGCAUACUUGAUUGUUGUAAUAUGAUGUUAACUAUGUGGAAAUGUCGACUGUUGUAACCUCAUUUAAGAUAUUAUAAAGUCGUCCAACUGUGUUUGUGAAGGUUAGAUUCUGCUGCUUAGCAAUUCGUUUCGAUUUUCUUGAUAAACUGUCGAAGAAUUGCAUAGUUUCAAGAUAUCUCCCCCGAAAAUGUUAAAACCACCGAUUGAUCAGUAACUUAUUAGGGACCGUUGUGACUUAAUGUUUAGACAACGUAGUCAGUCAGUAAUAAUCCUGUUUAGUAGCUCUUUAUUAUUAUCAUUUCCUGUGAAAAAUAGCUAAUUAUUUGCUCAUUGUUUUUAUAUCUUUCUGAUAAAUAUUUUAUUUGGUGUGUUUUGUUCAGUUUUUUUUCUGCGUGUUAUAAGUAUUUAGUUUUCACGGAAAUUAUAUCUAUCACCAAUUAUACAGCUCAUUCAGACAUCGAUCAGUAUGCUCACAAUAUCUAUGCUUCAACUGAUAGAUGAACUUUUCGACUCAAGCUAUUCAGCAUCCAGACAUCUACUUAUAACAGAUGUUUUAACUAGUGCAUUGUCACCACUCUGCCUCGUUUUACCGCAUUAUAUUUAGGUAGAUAUGGAGAAAAAAUCAUUUGUAUACGUGGACUUUUUUACUCAUCAUUAAGAUUGUGUAGUAAAUUAAAAUUAUGUUUAUACUUUAAAAUUAAACUGCAUCAUCGCACCAUUUCAUCUUAUGUGAGAAAAAGUUGUUGUAAUUUAACUGUCAACAAAUUUAUUACUCUAUAUAAUAUUUGAGAUUUUAAAUACUUAAUUCAUUCUUUGUACUUUGAACUUUUCCUUCACAGAACACUCAGGUGUCCGUGUUUGAAUUCAAUAUUAGGUAUAUUGGUGGCCUGCUGUCUGCUUACACGUUCAGUAGAAAACCUAUUUUACUGACUAAAGCGGUUGAACUUGCUCAACGUUUAUUACCUGCAUUUGAUACACCUAGUGGAAUUCCAAUGAGUUUAAUCAAUUUGAAAACGGGAGGUAAGCGGAAUUUUGUCUGGGCAAAUGGUCAAUGUUCAAUUCUAUCAGAGUUUGGUACAUUACAUAUGGAAUUUAAAUAUCUUUCUGAGCUAACUGGCAAUCCGGUCUAUUCAGAAAAGGUUGAUGCUAUUCGUAAGGUUUUGGAAGAAGUGAACAAGCCUAAUGGGUUAUUUCUUAAUUAUAUGGAUCCGAAUACAAAAUCAUGGUGUGGUAAUGAAGCUGGUCUCUCUGCAUCAGGUGAUUCAUUUUAUGAAUAUUUAUUAAAAGAAUGGAUUCGUACUGAUCAUAAAGAUGUGAAAGCUCUUGAACUAUACAAAUCUAGUUUAGAAUCAUUCUUAAAAGUUGGUUUAUUUCAUAAAAGUCCUCAACAUAAUUUACUUUAUGUUGGCAACUACAAGUAUGGCACUAUUUCCAAUUCAAUGAGUCAUCUGGCUUGCUUUGUUGGCGGUAUGCUCUCUCUCGGUGCAUCAGAUAAAAAUGAUCCAUGGUUUCAACGUGGUGUUGAAAUUACCGAUACUUGUAGAAGAAGUUACGAUAGUGCAUCAACAGGUCUUGGUCCAGAAACAUUUUCAUUUACUGAUCAGUCUUCUGCUGUUGCGAUUACUCAAUCUCACAAAGUGUAUCUUCUGCGACCAGAAACAGUGGAAUCAUAUUUCUAUUUAUGGCGACUAACUAAAGAUCCAAAGUAUCGUGUUUGGGCAUGGGAUGUAGUUCAGGCUAUUGAAAAGUAUGCUCGUACAAAUGCUGGCUAUUCUGGUUUACAUGACGUUUACUCUACUAACUCUACUUUAGAUGAUGUUCAGCAGUCAUAUUUCUUAGCAGAAACACUGAAAUACCUUUAUUUAAUAUUUUCAGAAGAUACAUUAUUACCGCUUGAUAGAUGGGUGUUCAAUUCUGAAGCACAUCCAUUACCUAUUCAAAAUAAAGUCAAACUAACACCUGGCUAAUCAGUCGGUAUCAUAUUCCUAAUGUUGGUGAUAAUAAUAACUCCAAUGUCCAGAAAUUUGUUUUGUGCAAAGACGAUAUUUUCUUUCACCCCUCUGGGUUGUUUUUCUUCUGUUUUUUCUCUUCGUAGAUUCUAUAACUAGGUGCUCUAUUUUCUUUCUAUCGCAGUGUUUAAACGCUGCUUGUGUGCAAUUACAGAAAGGAAGAAACAAGAGGAGUGUAUAUAUACAUAUAUAUUUUCUAUAACGAUCAUCAGGUGUGUAUAGAACUUGUUUUUUCUCGUCGUUUACUUUACAGCUAAGAAUAAUGUAAGUAAUUAAAUGGGAUUACCUGUUUCACAACUUUCCAUGUAACAUUGUGUUUGUCAGGUGAGAACAAAGUAAUUCCCAGCGAAUCUCUCUCGUUUCUUGUCACAUUGUUCUUCAAAAUUUUUUUAAGUCUCUUUUUUUCUUUACAUUGUAUCUCUUUUUCAGUCAGACUGUGAUAAUUUUUCUAUUUAAUGUCCUAUAGAAAUUAGAUUAUAGAUAACGUUUUUUAAUCCGAGGUUCAGUGUUGAGUAUUCUUGUUCCUUUCCUUGAUUCUUUCCUGAUCUAUACUAUUUUAUUCUGUCAUCUAGUUUACGUCUAACCUUUUCACACUUUUCAACAGAUUUCUUAUUUUUUCUCUAACAAUAAUGUCUGUUUUUUUUCACUUUCAGGUGAAUGAAUUUCUUCUGAUUAUAAACAACACAUAUAUAUUUAUAUUUUAUGCCUAUACUUUUCUGCUCCGUGUAAAUCUUUAGAAAUUUUUAUUUGUUUAACUGACCAACGUUGUCAGUCGUACGUUUCAUUAGUGUGUAGUUUUGUUUGUUUGUGAAACUAUCUGUGUUACUUUGCUUCCAGAUGUAUAUAAAUAUAUAUAGUGGAACUUCACUUGUUG